AUGACGAAUUCAAACAAGGACCCGUAUGUUUCUAAGGCAACAAAGAAAGCACUCAUGGUAAAAAUCUUUAGUUCAACACCAAAUGCUUGGUUUAUGGAUAUCUUGGAAAACAUUCCGAGGUAUAGAGAAGAUGGACCACCAUACUGGCUAAUAUUUGUUGGUCAAAACACAAGAUACUGUGAAGCCAUACCAUUAUGGUCCAAAAAUAUUUUAGAUGUGAAAACUGCUUUGACAAUAUUCGUUGACAAAUACCAUCCAACAAAACUGACAUCUGACUAUGAAAGUUCUUUCAAAUCAGACGAUAUUAAAAACUAUCUGCGUUCAAAAAAUGUAAACC